AUGGCUCCGCCGCUGCCGCUGCUGGCGCUGCUGCUGCUGCCGGUACCGACGGGCGCGGGGCGGCGGGCGGCGACCCCCGACGGGGCGCCCGCAAACUUGACGGUGGCGGUGGUGCUGCCGGAGCGCAACGUGAGCUACGCGUGGGCUUGGCCGCGCGUGGGUCCGGCGCUCAGCCUGGCGCUGGAAGCGCUGGAGCGGGGCGAACCGCCGCUGCUGCCGCGGCCCUUCUCGGUGCGCGUCGAGUUCAUGAGCUCGGAGCUGGAGGGCGCCUGCUCCGAGUACGUGGCACCGCUCAACGCCGUGGACCUGAAGCUCUACCACGACCCCGACGUGCUGUUCGGGCCGGGCUGCGUGUACCCCGCCGCGUCCGUGGGGCGCUUCGCCUCUCACUGGCGGCUGCCCCUCAUCACCGGCGGGGCGGUGGCAGCGGGUUUCAGCCGCAAGCGGGAGCACUACAGCACGACGGUGCGCACCGGGCCCUCGGCACCCAAACUGGGCGCCUUCGUCUCCCACCUCCACGCGCACUUCAACUGGAGUGCCCGCGCCGUGCUCCUCUACGUGGACCACAAGACGGACGACCGACCCUACUACUUCACCGUCGAGGGUAUCUACCAGGAGCUGCAGGAUGGCAACAACCUCACCGUCACCGUCCACAUCUACUCCCCCGAGGAGGGUGGCCCCGACACGGCCGUCCACUUCAUCAAAACCAACGGGCGCGUGGUGUAUCUAUGCGGGCCGCUAGAGAUGCUGCAGCAGAUCAUGCAGCUGGCACAACAGGAGAACCUCACCAAUGGUGACUACGUCUUCUUCUACCUGGACGUAUUCGGGGAGAGCCUGCGGGGCGACUCUGCCCGUGACCCCUUCAAACCCUGGCAGGAGAGCCCGGGCCAGGACUCAGGGCUGCGUGAGGCUUUCCAGAUGGUGCUGGUGAUCACCUACUACGAGCCACAAAAUCCGGAGUACCAGCAUUUCCAAACCCAGCUCAUCCGGCGAGCUAAGCAGAAAUUUGGGGUGCAGCUCAACUACUCCCUGAUGAACCUGGUGGCGGGGUGUUUCUAUGAUGGGAUGCUGCUGUACGCCAUGGUGCUGAAUGAGACUCUGCGUGAGGGCGGCUCCAAGAAAAACGCCACCCACAUCAUCGAGAAGAUGCGGGACCGCAAGUUCCAGGGUGUGACUGGGCUUGUGAGCAUGGACAGCAACAAUGACCGGGACACUGACUUCAACUUAUGGGCCAUGGGUGACCCCAAGACCGGGCAGUAUGAGGUGGUGGGACACUAUUCGGGUGUGGAGAAGCAAAUCCACUGGCUGGGACGACCCAUCCCCUGGGUGAAGGGGGCUCCCCCCUUGGAUAACCCUCCCUGUGUCUUUGAUGUGGAUGACCCCUCCUGUGAUAAAACCCCCCUCUCUAUGCUGGCCAUCGUGGCGUUGGGCACUGGCCUCACCUUUGUCAUGUUUGGCAUCUCCAGCUUCCUCAUCUUCAGGAAGCUGAUGCUGGAGAAGGAGCUUGCCAGCAUGCUCUGGAGGAUCCGCUGGGAUGAGCUGCAGUUUGGAAGUCCUGAGCGGUACCACAAGGCAGCGGGCAGCCGGCUCACCUUGUCCCUGCGUGGCUCCAGCUAUGGCUCCCUGAUGACCACCCAUGGCAAGUACCAGAUCUUUGCCAACACCGGCCACUUCAAGGGCAAUGUUGUGGCCAUUAAGCACAUCAACAAGAAGCGCAUCGAGUUGACACGGCAGGUGCUCUUCGAGCUAAAACAUAUGCGAGACAUCCAGUUCAACCACCUGACCCGCUUCAUCGGGGCGUGCAUCGACCCCCCCAACAUCUGCAUCAUCACCGAGUACUGCCCACGGGGCAGCUUGCAGGAUGUCCUGGAGAAUGAGAGCAUCAACCUGGACUGGAUGUUUCGUUACUCCCUCAUCAAUGACAUUGUCAAGGGAAUGGCUUUCCUGCACAACAGCAUCAUUGGCCAUCACGGCAGCCUCAAGUCAUCCAACUGUGUGGUGGACAGCCGCUUUGUGCUGAAGAUCACCGACUAUGGCCUGGCCAGCUUCCGCUCGCCCAGUGACAACGAGGACACGCAUGCACUCUAUGCCAAGAAGCUGUGGACAGCUCCAGAGCUGCUGCAGAAGGGGCACCUGCCCACACCGGGCAUGCAGAAAGCUGAUGUCUACAGCUUCGGCAUCAUCGUGCAGGAGGUUGCUUUGCGCAAUGGCCCCUUCUACAUCGAGGGCAUGGACCUGAGCCCUAAAGAGAUCGUGCAGAAGGUGCGUAACAGCCAGAAGCCCUUCUUCCGACCCUCCAUCGACAUUGGGGUGCACAGCGAGGAGCUGGCAGUGCUGAUGGAACGCUGCUGGGCGCAGGAGCCAGCUGAGCGCCCUGACUUCAGUCAGAUCAAGAUCUUCAUCCGUAGAUUCAACAAGGAGGGAAGCACCAGCAUCCUGGACAACCUGCUGUCACGCAUGGAGCAGUAUGCCAACAACCUAGAGAAGCUGGUGGAAGAGAGGACACAGGCCUACCUGGAGGAGAAGCGCAAGGCAGAGAACCUCCUCUACCAGAUUCUGCCCCAUUCUGUGGCAGAGCAGCUGAAGCGUGGAGAGACAGUGCGGGCUGAGGCUUUCGACAGUGUCACCAUCUACUUCAGUGACAUCGUGGGCUUCACCGCCCUUUCGGCAGAGAGCACUCCCAUGCAGGUCGUGAUGCUGCUGAAUGAUCUCUAUACUUGCUUUGAUGCCAUUAUUGACAAUUUCGAUGUCUACAAGGUGGAAACCAUUGGGGAUGCCUACAUGGUGGUCUCGGGGCUGCCGGUGCGCAACGGGAAGCUGCAUGCCCGUGAGAUUGUCCGCAUGGCCCUGGCCCUGCUCGAGGCUGUCAAAACCUUUAAGAUCCGUCACCGUCCCAACGACCAGCUGCACCUGCGCAUUGGCAUACACACUGGUCCCGUGUGUGCCGGAGUGGUGGGUCUGAAAAUGCCGCGGUACUGCCUCUUUGGGGACACGGUGAACACCGCAUCCCGCAUGGAAUCCAAUGGCCAGGCCCUGAAGAUCCACGUGUCAUCUGCUACCAAAGAAGUCCUGGAUGAGUUUGGCUGCUUUGAGCUGGAGCUGCGUGGGGAUGUAGAAAUGAAGGGCAAGGGAAAGAUGCGGACUUACUGGCUGCUGGGUGAGAGGAAAGACCCUUAAGUCAUUUGAGCCUAGUGGCUGUGGCAGUGCCCCCAGCUCACUGGGGCCACCAGUGCUUUCUGGUGCCCCAAGAUGCACCGGCACCACCCCCCCCUCACCACUGCAUCCACCUGCCUCUGCAGCCCCCCUGCUUCUGCAGGGCCUGGGCAAGGUGGGGCAGCGGCCACAACACCGUCUGCCCCCUUCUAUCAGCACCAGCAAAGCUCACCUUCCCCACAGCCUCUGCUGAAGUAGGGUAACCAGCCCUGACCCAGCCUGAGGGACCUUGUAUCCCCCCCACCCUCUGAGGUCUGCCACUCCCACCCUCUCCCCUGUGGCUCAGCUGGCUCUGAGCUUCUCCGGGGCCUGGCUGCCCCGAAGGGCACUUUGCCUUCUCUUUUCAGUACCUGGCCCCCAGUAGAAGUUGUUGCCCAUGUCAACCUCUCCCUGGGGUGGGGGGGAAAUGGGGAUUCCUGCCAAGAUUGACUCCUUGGCCAGGUCAGGCUUCUAUGCCGCAACUCCCCCCUUCCCCAGUCUCCCUUUUCCCUGUAUAUAACCCCAUCGGGUCAUGUAAAUACCCAUCCCUCCUCCAGGUGUAAAUAUAGGACUCGCUGCAACUAUUUUGUUGAAAUACAAACUUCCCCAGAUCCA